GUGUGUGUUUCUGGUCCUGAGGCAGGCCGGUGCCCUCAUCUCCAUAAAGCAUCAUUCCUUGUGUCUCAUCUUUUGAAGCACCAUAACCUCUGAACCACCCUCACCACAUCAGCAUGGCCAUCUCAUCACGUCUGGCUCUGUGGGAACAAAAGAUUAGGGAAGAAGACCGCAGCCCCCCACCCACCUCACCACCCCCGCUUUUCUCGGUCAUUCCCGGGGGCUUCAUCAAGCAACUUGUGCGGGAAACGGAAAAGGAGUCCAAAGAAGCAAAAUUAAAAGAGAAAUUAAUUUCCAAAGAAGAUCCUCCAGGAAAGCAGGUUGACGGGCCCGUACAGCAGUUUGUAAUCAGGGACACCAACAUUUUGGAAGUGGGAGAGGACAUGGCCAACAAGGGACAGCUACUGCAAGGACAAUUGAAUGGUGAGAAACACGGAGUGGAGGGUGAGUCUGAGAUUCCAGAAAGGAAGCCUUUGCCUUUCAAGAAAACUGCCCAGAAGGGCCACACCCAGCAACCAGUACUGCCUGUGCCUGAAUUAGCACCAGCCACUCCAAAACCAGCACCAGCAGUUCCAACACUGGGAGAGGAGGUUCACUUGGAUACAUCUCAGCCUCCUAAAGUUCCUGCAGCUCCAGAUCAAAUCAAAAGCAGCAGUGGGUCUGGAACAGAACUCAUAAAGAAGAGCCAUUUACUCUGGAACAAACACUUUGAAAGCCCAAAGAAGGAGAAUUGGAAAAUGAGGACCAAGGAAGAGGCUGUGAGCAAGCCGGGAAAUAAGGCAAAAUAUACAGGGAAGGGGAAAGAGCUUGGAGAAAAUAAAGAAAAGGCCACAGACAGUGGGAAACAGCCAAGAGAACCCAAAGAGAGGCAUGUAGAAACUGGGAAAGUAUUGGCAGAAUUAAAGGUGGAACAGGGAGAAAUGGAAGAGGAACCAUCUCAGAAGGGAGGAAAAAGAAAGCAAGAAUCUCCAGUAGCAGAAAUGAAGGAGAAACCAGAGGAAACUAAGGAAGUGUUGGCAGGAGAAAACAAAGAAGAGCUUGGAGAAAGCACAGAUUCGGACAAGGUGUGCCAUGAUGUCUGGUAUGAAACAGAGAAAGUUUGGCUGUUACAAAAAGAUGGAUUCACUCUUGCUACUGAACUGAAGCCAGAUGAGGGCACUCCUGAGCUGCCUCCAGGGACAGUCCGAGUCCGAGUGGAAGCUGAUGGCUCCAUCAUGGAGGUGGAUGAAGAAAAGGUCCAGAGAACCAAUCCUUCAAAAUUUGACUACGCCGAAGACCUGGCCUCCCUAGUCAGCCUGAAUGAGUCAAGCAUCAUCCACACUCUGUGUCACCGGUACCAGUCUCAGCUGCUUUACACCCAUAGCGGUCCUGAUCUGAUCGCCAUAGAACCAUCGUCUUCUGUUGCCAGUUGUUCAAUAAAGGCAUUCAAGGGCAAGCGGGAUGGAUUGUCCCCACACAUUUUUUCUGUGACACAGAGGGCCUACUGGUGCAUGCUUAUGCAACGGCAGGAUCAGACCAUCAUGCCCUUGGGCAGGAACAAUGCUGGCAAGACCACCUGCUGCCAGAACACCCUGGAAUACCUGGUGGCCACUGUGGGCAGCAUGGACAACCGAGUCACAGUGGAGAAAAUCCAGGCCAUGUUCAGGGUGCUGAGAGCCUUUGGGACGGUGACGACCAGCCACAACAAAGCCUCCACCCGCUUCUCCAUGGUCAUGGCACUGGAUUUCAGUGCCACUGGCCACAUCACAGCUGCUCAUCUCCAGACAAUGCUGCUGGAAAGGAUCCGUGUGGUGCAGCAGCCAGAAGGAGAAAGCACCUUCAAUGUCUUCUCUCAGAUGCUGGCAGGGCUGGAUCUGGAUCAGAGGACUAUGCUGCAUUUGCAUCAGAUGGCGGAGAACAGCACCUUUGGCAUCAGACCGUGUCAGAAGGCUGAAGAGAAGCAGAAGGCCUCAGCUGCAUUUGCUCAGCUCCAGGCUGCCAUGGAGAUCCUGGGAAUUGUGGUGGAGGAGCAGAAGGCCAUCUGGCGAGUCUUGGCCGCCAUCUACCACCUGGGUGCUGCAGGGGCUUGCAAAGUUGGCAGGAAGCAGUUCAUGCAGUUUGAGUGGGCCAACAAGGCAGCGGAAGUCCUUGGCUGCGAUUUUGAGGAGCUCACAACAGCCGUCUUCAAGCACCACCUCCAGAGGAUUAUUGAACAGGUCACGUCUGGAGGCAGAGGACAGCUCAGCCAGGACCAAGGUUGGCCAGAUGGUCCCAAGAUGACAGGUGUGGAGUGCGUGGAAGGGAUGGCUACAGGGCUCUAUGAGGAGCUGUUUGCAGCUGUUGUGUCGCUCAUCAACAGGUCCUUCUCUUCAAGUUCCCUCUCCAUGGCCUCGAUCAUGGUGGUGGACACACCUGGCUUCCACAACCCCCGGCACCAGAAGAGAGAGCGUGCAGCGACAUUUGAGGAGUUCUGUCACAACUACACACAGGAGCGGCUGCAGGGCCUCUUCUACAAGAAAACAUUUGUGUCUACACUGGAGAGGUACCAGGAGGAAAAUAUUGAGGUGCCAUUUGAUCUCCCCGAAGUCUCCCCAGCAACCACAGUAGCCAUUGCAGAUCAAAACUCAUCCCAGGUCCAUGCCACACCUGGGGGCCAGGCAGAAGACCCCAAGGGCCUGUUCUGGAUUCUGGAUGAGGAAGCCUUGAUCCAAGGCUCCAGUGACAGCACUGCACUCAACCGUCUGUGCUCUUACUUUGUGAAGGAGGGUCCAAUAAAUGAAGGACAGGGAUCUCUGCGCAAGUGUGAGCAGGCCCUGCAGUUCGAGAUCGCCCACCAGCUCGGUCAAGACCCCGUCCGCUAUGAUGCCACUGGCUGGGUGAACAAAGCCAAGUGGAACCUCUCAGUGCAGAAUGCCAUCCAGGUCCUGCAGGAGUCGAAAAUUGCCCCUGAUAUGCCGGUCCGUUGCGGGGCUGGAGGGGAACUCCCAGCAAGCACUGCAGCGAGUUGGCUGCGAUUCUCUCAUCAACCUAGUGAAGAGAUCCCAGAUUCACUUUGUCCAUUGCCUCAUUGCGAGAACAGAAAUGGAUGGAGAAGGAGGCACCGUUCUACCGUCCUGUCUGAUGCCAGGGGAACAGCAGCAGGAUGGGACAUUCCCGCCCUUCGAGCCCAGCUCUCUGGGGGCCAGAUAUUGGAUGCAUUACGGCUCUGCAGGAUAGGGUACGCGGAUCAUAUGGUGCGCACGCAGUUCCGACACCAGUUCCAGAUCCUGGCUCAGCCAAUGAUGAAAAAAUACACCUCAGCCUAUGAGAUGACAGAUGAAAAUAAGGCUCUGGAGGAGCUCAUCCAGGCCCUCAAUCUGGAGAAGAAGACCAUUGCUGUGGGUCGCACUCAGGUGUUCCUGAAAGCUGGAGUCCUCUCUAGGCUAGAAAAGCAGAGGGAAAAACUGGUGUCUCAGAAUCUGAUUUCCCUCCAAGCAGCUUGCAAGGGGUUUCUCUCCCGUCAUAAAUAUAAGAAAUUAAAGAUUCAGCGUUUGGCUGCUCGGUGCAUCCAGAAGAACUUGGCUGUCUUCCAAGCUGUGAAGGGCUGGCCCUGGUGGCGACUGAUGUGUGGCAUCCGGCCACUGUUGAGCACCAGCCUUGCAGAAGGUCAGCUCCGAGUCAGAGAGGAGGAGUUGGCAUUGCUGCGAAAGAAAUUGGAAAAUUCAGAACUUUCACGGCAGGAGCUUCGGCAGAGCACAGAACAGCUGGAAAGCAAGAUCAUAGACCUCACGACGGAGCUGUCAGAUGAACGCUUGAAAGGUGAUGUUGCCUGUCAGGUCCUGGAAGGUGAACGAGCUGAAAGACUGAGAGGGUCAAGAGAGGUCAGAGAGCUGCAGACCAAGCAUGACCAACUACAGAAGAAGCUGGAGUCUGCAGAGAAGCAGCUGGAAGAGGCACAGCAGCAGCUUCAUUUGCACGAAACUGGGGCAAGCAGCUCUGGCAAAGGAGACGAAUGGCAGAUGCGCAUGGACUGUGCACAGACUGAGAUUGGAUUUCUCCGGAAAAGAAUCACACAGCUGGAAGAAAGGCUGGAGGCGGAGCAGACAUUCAAAAAGGAGCUGGAACAAAAGCUAGGUGAGGCCCAGAAGGCGUACGAAGGUGCCAGACAGACAGCGCAGCGGCUGAAAAGAAAGUGUAAGCAGCUGACGUGUGAUUUGGGAGAUACACGAGUGUUGAUGGAAAUCCAGCAAAGCCGGAACCAUGAGCUGGAGAAGAAGCAGAAGAAAUUUGACCUACAGCUGGCGCAGGCCUUGGGAGAAUCUGCCUUUGAGAAGAGCCUUCGGGAGAAAGUGUUGCAAGAGAGCACCAGCCUUCAGUUUGAGCUGGGGAAGUUGCAGCGGAGCUUAGAGCAAAAAGAAUUGGACAAUGCCAGCCUCAACCAGCGGCUUGUGCUGUUGAGCAGCCAGGUGCAGGAGCUCAGCACCCCCAAGGACCAGGAUGCCAACUCGGUGGCUGCCCUCCAGAAGAAACUUUGGGACCUGGAGUCAAGAGCCUCUGAGCAGCAGAAGGAGCUGAGCUCCCAAGCAAGCACCAUUGAACAGCUGGAACAGGUAAGGUGGCCUCCUGAGGAUGGUUUGCAGCUGGAAGAGAGCACAGCCAGAUGUGGAGAGGCUGAGAAGGCACAAAAGAUGGUAGCUCUGGAGCUCGAGAACCUGCACCUUGAGCUGGAGACGGUCAGCAGGAACAAGAACUUGGUUGAUGAGCAGUUAUACCAGCUCCAGCAUGAAAAAGCUGAUCUCCUCAAGCGUAUUGAUGAAGACCAGGAGGAUCUGAAUGAACUGAUGACCAAGCACAAGGCCUUAAUUGCUCAGUCUGCAACAGAUAUCACCCAGAUCCAAGAGCUGCAGACCCAGUUGGAGGAGAUGAAGAAGGAAAAGCAUGGCCUGAAAGAGAAACUGCAGGUGUCCCAGGCCCGGUUGUCUACUUGGAGCAAGCAAUGGUGGAGAGGUCCAUCGUCAGCCGCCAGGAGGCCCUGAUUUGUGACCUGGAGAACAAGAUGGAGUUCCAGAGUGUGCAGAUCAAGCGCUUUGAGAUGCUGGUUCUCCGUCUUCGGGACAGUGUGAUCAAGAUGGGAGAGGAGCUGGAGAAGGCGAAGGAAGGGGAGGCGCGGGAAAGAGAGAAGACCUGCUACUACCAGAUGAGGAUGGAAGAGAUGAAGCAGACCUGAGUGAGCUGGCUCAGAGGGAGCUGGAGGCCAAUCGCAGGCGGGUGGAACUGGAGAAGCAGGUGGACGAGCUCUCUGCAGUGAGGCAGACGUUGCAGGCAGACCUGGAGACCUCCAUCCGCCGCAUUGCGGACUUGCAGGUGGCUCUGGAAGAAGUGCAGUCGAGUGACGAAAGUGACAGGGAGAGUGUUCAGACGGCUCGAGAGUCACUCAGCUCAAGAGGAGACACUGAGAGUCAGCUGAGUCUGGGGUCAACUGUGAGCUUGAACUUAGAGCCUGAAGAAAGCAUCAAAUCGUGGUCCAGUUUGGCAUCGGCAUGGUCCUCUCCAUCGGGUACCAGUCUGGCAGGAAGCCUCUCCAGGCAAACCGUGGACAGCCAUGGCACCCAGAGCCUGAGGAUAAACAACGAUCAAGAAACAAGGCACCCGCUGUCCCCCUUAGGUGCAAAAAGAAGUGGAAGGAGUGCGGGGGGUGCUGAUUUCGGCAAAGCUGAUCAAAGCCCUUCCUUCGGUACCCAAAGACAAGAAUAUGGGAAACCCAUUUCAAAUGAGGAGCUUUUCACUCUCCAAAAGUUAGGAGCUGUGUCUCCAUCCAUUAUGAGAAGGGUGUCCUCUCCAGCAAUGGCAGAAGAGAUGUUAUCAAGUCCUUUGUCCCCUUCUGUGCUCAAAAGGGUGUCCCCUUCAGCAGAAGACAAGUUGUCACG